AUGUCGACUCACGAUACCCUCCUUCCAAAUUACGAUGCUAGAUAUCUUGCUUGGCAAACCGACUUGGCGGAUACAACAAAGCUUAUCCUUGCUUCCGUGAAGAUUUACCAAGUGGACGCCAAUAGAUCCAAUCCCGGAUAUUCGACCAGGCGUGUCCGCUUUCCUUACCCAGGCUCUCCCCUCCGUCCACCUCCCAAGCCGCUAGCACUGGUUAUCUACCUCUCAGAGACCGAUAUUGCAACCCAGGCCUCGGCUUUCUUCGCUCCUGAAAUCAAUGCAGACCCCAAUUUCCUCGACGAUCUACUCCGCAAGAACAGGAAUAUCAUUUCGAAGUCGAACAAUAUCCUCUACAUCGAAGAUCUACCGCAAGCCUUGAAGUUAUACUUCUGGGACAACAAGCCUAUCUGCGGUCCCGAAGAUUGCCAUGUCGUAACCCCAGAGAGAAAUGGCAUCAGCGCAUUAGACUUCGAGAUACCAUUAAAGUUAGCCCCACGCGCUUCGAUUGUUAAGAAGCUCGCAAUCUACGGUCCUCCUUCAAAUACAGAUCGAAAACUCUAUAACCAAUGCGUGUUCCUCCUGCUUGAGGCUUUGAAGGAUCUUGAAACUCUCUAUUUGAUAGUCGACAAUCGUCAUGAAGUAGGCGAGACCGGGCACGGUAGGAGGUUCAUCGGCGGUGCUGCUCUACUUGGUCUGGAAAAUAAAGGUCAACAAACGACUCGAACAGAACGAGAAAGAGGAAAAGAGGCAUGGGCAAGUUACUUCACGGCAAUGAAGUGGAAAAUGGAAAUAAACAAAUGGGACGGAAAGCAUAACCUGGAUAUCAAGAUCGUUCAGUGGGAACCUGAUAUUAGUAAUGUUGAGUGGGAACCUGCCGUCGAAGAGCCGCUACCUGGUACCGGCAUGAAGUUAUUCCUGAAGUAUGCCUUGAACAGCGCUUUUGAGGGCAUAUUAUGGCUAGUUUCUGGCUGGAACCAGUAG